AUGACGCGUCCCAAAGCCAUUGACCGUCAUGCAGCCCAGAUUCACAAUCGGCAUCGGCUGGCAGCAGCCACCCUCGUAUCCGCCAAGGGCCUCCCCGUGGCGGUCGACCUCGUCGCGUGCGCAGAGCCGCUUCCGCUCCUCCCAGGCGGCGGCGCCCGCACAUCCGCAGCAGCACGUAGAAAGGAUUCGAGGCCGUGCCGGUACGUGCGCUCCUUGCCCUCCAGCACCUCGAUCGCCAUGAACGGCCCCCCCCCCGCCCCCCGUGCCAGCGCGCCUUUCCGCGACCGCGCCGUCCCGCGGCGGGCGCGGGUCGAGCAACAUGCCCUUGAAUCCGUCCGCGGCGGCGGGGUUGAUGGUCACGAUGGUGUCCAUGGAGAUGUCGCCGUGGAGCAACCCAGAGUGCGCGUACAGAUUGCGGUGCACGCGCGUGCCGUCGCGCAGCGCCUCCAGCAGCUCCGCGAUGGUCUCGAAGUGGAUGAUCGGGACCAUGCGCGGUCGCGGGGGGAUCAAGUCGUCGAGUGGGUGCUCCUUGAUGAGGGAAAUCUGCUCUUCGGUUAA